AUGGCGUCGAUAUCGGCGACGACACUCUCACUUUUAUGGCUCUGUAUGACGCCAACAUUCACUUAUGCGUUGGAAGAGCAUCAGAGUUGGCAGACGUGGCGACGCGGGCUGUGGCGCCGGGCAGACAAGAGCUCAGCCAGGAGCGUCCCCCCGGAGGGCUACUACAAUCCCCUAGCAGCUGGGGGAAGCUUGCUCACAGAAAUACCUGUCACGUACCCGAUGGGUCAAGGCGAACCGCUGAAUGCUAUCAUCUCGGGAAACUCGGACCCGCGUGUACUAGAGGACGCUGAGACGGACGGAGGGUUGAGGAACUACUUCCUGUCUUUCGGUUUCUCGGGGGAGUGUCUCGGACAACACGCGGGCUCGCACCAGGCUGCCAACCUUGGGGAUGGCAAUGGCUUUCUGAACGAGACGUCCGUGAUACGAUGGAACUACGGUGAUCCACAACUUGGGGCAUGUAGAGAGACUAUCGAAGGUGGCAAUCAUUUUCGGUAUUGGGUGCAGAACGGGCCUUCAGGCAAUAGUGGGGCAUAUUUCUUGGCAGUGUCUUAUGAGCUACCGCUAAAUCUGGGCCAUGACAUUAUUGCCAACGGUUACAAUCUCGGCCGGGAUUGGCUAAUAGGCAAUAUCACCGGAAGCUUCGUGCAGACGCCCAAUGUGACAAACACGACAACGUUUGUCGGUAUCACGACGUGGGCGAACUAUACGUACCAGAGCGACAUCAAAUAUGUGUCUGGGCUGUUGGAGGACACGAACGACGGGAUUAACCACAACAUUACCGUUGGGAUUAACGGCGAGAAUUCGGUGGACGGACUCGUUGCUGUUAUUGAAGUACAAAUUACUGGAACGCCUCCCUCGUCGUCCGCAUGGCGGUCUUCAAUACCACCUCAGCUCUGGCACCUUCCUCCCAUCUUGAUCAUCCUCGCCUUCACUCUUCUGCCCUCUCUGCUUUCAUAG